UAAGACUCGUAAUUAGUGAAUUAGAACGCUUAUGAAAACGCGUCCGACAAUGUAACGCGAAUAGUCAAUGAGCGUGAAACUGAGGCAGGAUAAGGAUUGACAAAUUGUGGAGUGCCGUGGUAUAUAAGCGGUCGGUCCUUAGUUGGGGUAUCCACUGGAACAGCUUCCUUGGACGUCCGCACUAACACAACAUGUUCAAACAUAUCGCGUUCGCUUGUCUGCUUGGAGUGGUAGCGGGGGCUCCAUACGCACCCCUGACAGGCUACGCCACGGUUGCCGCGGUCGACCAUGUGUCGAUCCCUCGCUACAGCUUCAACUACGCGGUCAACGACCCCUUGACAGGCGACAACAAGGCACAGACCGAGUACCGCGACGGCGGAGUGGUCAAAGGCUCUUACUCCGUCGCCGAACCCGACGGCACCCUGCGAGUGGUUGACUACCACGCCGACCCGGUCACCGGUUUCAACGCUGACGUCAAGAGGAUAGGACCCGCCGUCCACCCGCAACCAAUCCUCCACAAACCCAUCAUAGCCGCACCCAUCGCUCCAAUCUCAACUAGCAUCGUCGGACUCGGCGGUCUCGGCGGCUGGGGAGCCCACAGCGGCGUCGGACUUGGCGGACUUGGCGGACUUGGCCUCGGCUACAACACUCUUGGCCUCGGCUACAGCGGACUUGGUCUCGGACUUGGCCACGGACACGGAUGGAAAUACUGA